GGAGAUGGUGGGAGUUGUGGAGGAAUACUAAUAAUAACAAGGAGCAAGAAAGCUUGGAUUCAAGCAGCAAUGGACUUGCCUUCCACAGAAUCCCCAAACCUCAAAAAUCCUUCAAAGUAUCUUGGCUCCCCAGAUCCUCAAAACAAUAUACCUGCUAAACAACCCAUGAGCGCCUCUCUUCGAGAGAGGCUCAGGAAAAUGCGAAGAUCUUUCACUUCACCAUGUACAGUGGCCAAACGGCUGAAAAUUGAUUGUGGAGAGAGUGAGAUGCCUUCACAGUGUGCCAGCAGUCCCACCCCUACCCAGGAUGUUCAGGGAAGCUCCAUAACACACGAACAUACUGUUGUAUCUGCAGAUUGCAGAGUUUCAGACUAUCUGCCUUCAAUUUCCACACCAACCACCCCUAGGUAUACCAGCCAGCAAGAUUUGCUGCAGGAGAAAAGGAGGUUACUAAAGCGAGUUGAAGAGAAGGAAGAAAUUCUAAGGAGAUUAAAUAUGGUUAAAUUGUAUCGCUCUAAGAACAAUCUGACAGAACUGCAGUCAUUAAUAGAGAAAUGGAGAAAAGGUAGUCAGCUUUUGCUCUAUGAACUUCAAACAACUUUAUCUACUGAGAUAUAA